CGGUGGUCGUUCUACAUUUCCUUCAAGUGGUUCCGGACGCGUUCUUCCAUGGCUACUGCAGUAAAAAGCAUCCUGAAGCGAUUCGAAGGCACGAAGGACAGGCGGAGAUUGUCCUUUGCUGCCGACGUUAAACCGGAUCCAGACGAAGAGCCUGACAUUCCUCCCGGGAUUCAGAAGCAGGGCGCAGGCGGCGACCUGGAGCCUGCCGCUGGAAUUGGUGCUGGUAACCCUGGCCGUCGUAACCCAAUGGUGCUGGAAGUGGUGCGUGACCAAGAUGACGACUUCCUCGGAGGCGUCCUAGGUGACAGCUCUGGGAGCGCCACGGUCCUCAUGAUGUGCGCAGGCCUCGUCAUCUGCAUAGCCGUGGUGAGUCUCCUUCUCGGCUUACAGACUUCGACGGCGCAAACUGCAGACCUUCCUGCCGACGUCACCGGCGAUCAAAAUGUCACCAACGUCACCAUGCCCAUAGUGACCCCAAAGGCCAGGCGAGGGGAUGAUUACGUCACCUUGGAUGUCAUGGAGAAAGCCUCUGAGAAUGCGACAGGACUGGCGGGCUGGUCUCCACGCUCGACUAGUGAUGACAAGAUAACUCUGGUUGACGAUGAAGUCUCCGACGAACCGGACAGGAGCGGACCACAUAAGGACAAAGCAUGAGGCGCCUGAUGAAGCGACCUAUAGAGCCGGAGCUCAUCGCACAUAGAACAAUGCUCAUGCAGUUGUUUUUAAAGUUUGAUAACCUGUAACGUUGAUGAAUAUAGAGUGAUACAGCAUAAUAAAAUAUGACAAAGAAC